UGUGACGGUUGUAGUUGCUGGAGCUGGACGUGUUGUGAUAUGAUGAUGUGACUACCGUACCACUUUACGGGCUCUUCUGUGUCUUUUUUUUUUCUUUUUUAGUCUUGCUUUUAGUAUGAGGUAAUCAAGAACGACUAGGAAUGCAACAUCUUCGCUUACAGUUCUGUUGGUUCAACUUGCUAUUCAUAGUCUUUGCGGAUACGUAAAAUGGCGUCUACAUUUUCAAGUGCUGUAGCUUUAAUAACUGCUGGAGACCUGCAUUCUCUUGAAAGGUCCCUCAAUAACAAGCAUGUGAGCCCUGAUGAACGGGACGAGAAUGGACAAACAUUGCUGAUGAUAGCUGCUCAGUAUGGACAACUUCCCAUUGUUGAAGAACUGAUCAGACAAGGAGCUGAUAUCCACCUAGAGGACCUUGACAAUUGGACAGCACUGCUGAAUGCUGCAAAGGAAGGAUAUACAGACAUUGUUUCAGAACUUGUUAUGCACAAUGCAGAUAUUGAGCAUCGAGACAUGGGUGGAUGGACUGCCCUUAUGUGGGCAUGUUACAAGGGCCACACGGAGACUGCUAGGUAUUUGCUGGAGCAGGGGGCUUUCCCAAAUGUGCACGACCUGAACCACAUGUCCUGCCUUAUCUGGGCAGCAGGCCGGGGGCACCAGAGUAUUGUGGGUGACCUACUCAGCUACGGUGCUAAAGUCAACUCUGGUGACAAGUAUGGAACUACUCCAUUGGUCUGGGCAUGCCGUCGAGGGUUCACAGGCAUUGUUGAAAUGCUGUUGGAAGCGGGUGCAAAUGUUGACACUGCUGGGAUGUACUCAUGGACGGCUUUGAUAAUAGCCACAAAAGGAAACUACUCUGACAUAGUCAGCAUGCUUCUGGAGUACAAGCCAAACGUUAAUGCCAUUGAUGCUGACGGUUACACGGCAUUGGCCAUUGCCUGCAAGGAAGGGUUCACGGAUAUUGCUGUCUCAUUGUUGAAUGCUGGUGCUUAUGUCAACAUGCACGAUCGCAGUGGGGACACUAAUCUGAUCCAUGCGGCGAAAGCUGGAAAUUUUUCUAUUGUGGAUGUUCUGCUGAAAAAGUAUGCCGAUGUUGAUGUACAAGGCAUGGACAGGAAAACGGCUCUUUAUUGGGCUGUGGAGAAAGGGUACACUGACAUCGUACGUGUGAUUCUGAAUGCCAAUCCAAAUCUCGAGCUGGCGACAAAAGAUGGAGACACUCCAUUGAUGAAAGCAACAAGGAUCCGUAGCACAGAUAUAGUACAGAUGUUGAUUGAUAAGAAAGCGAAAGUGUCCGCCACAGACAAGAGAGGAGACACAGCACUGCAUAUAGCAAUGAGAGCACGUAGCAAGGGUAUUGUGGAGAUACUCUUGCGCAAUCCAAAGAACAGUCAGCUCUUGUACAGGCCAAAUCGGAGCAAUGAGACACCCUACAACAUUGACACAAGCCACCAGAAGAGCAUUCUUGCUCAAAUUUUUGGUGCUCGUCGUUUAAACACCAAUGAGGACAACGAAAACAUGCUGGGUUACGACUUGUACAGUAGUGCAUUGGCAGACAUUCUGAGUGAACCAUCUUUAUCCAUGCCCAUUUCAGUGGGCCUCUAUGCCCGAUGGGGAAGUGGCAAGUCUUUCCUUCUUGGCAAGCUUGAAGAGGACAUGCGAAGCUUUGCAGUCCAGUGGCUGGAACCAACAUUCUCCUUCACUUGGGUCCUGUUUUGCCUGGUAUCGUUCUGUUCAAGCAUGCUAGGCUACUGCAUCCUUUUGGCAACAGGACAAUGGCUGCUGGGGCUCAGCUUGGGAACUGGAUCCUUCCUGCUCACCUACUGCAUUCUUUAUGUCAUAAGAUAUGGCAGCAGUCAUCAUGAUUGGAAUUGGGCUUACAAAUUCUGCAUCAAAAUGGAACACAUGCUCAGUUCUUUCAAGACUGUUCUUCAAGUUAUUUUUUGCCACCCUCCAGCAACAAACAAGGAUUUUGGAUCUAGUCCUGUGAGAUUCAUAUUUACAGAGCAAAACAAAGUGAGCAGCUCUGGUGUUGGGGACUCUUCAAUUGCAUAUAUUAUCAUUUCAUUGUUUUCUGCCAUUGAAGAUGAAUUUGGCUUCUUUACAACAAGAUUCUACCGUGUUUUUCAACCAAAACCAGUGGCCUCUUCCAGUUGGACGUGGCGACGAUUGUGUUGUAUACCAAACUUCGCCAUCUUCCUGGUGACCUACCUGUGCUUCCUGGGUGCUGUUGGGGUGCUGGUGGAUAUGCUGUCAUGGAAUCAGCAAGAUGGUGGCAGCCACACACAGCCCAUUCUCAUUUCACUAGCCAGCGUGGUAGCUGUUGUUAUGCUGACCAACCUUUACACCUGGGUGCGCAUGUUCCUGUCACUUUUCCGCUCCCAUCAUCGCCGUAUCCACAGCUACUUGGCCCACGUGGAUGCCACUUCAGGUGGCUACAUGGAAGCUCUCAAGGGAGAAAUUGAGCUUAUGAGUGCCAUGGUGCACUGUCUAGAUGCCUUCGUUCGUAAGCAGACCCGUCUGGUCUUGAUUGUGGAUGGCCUGGAUAGCUGUGAGCAGGACAAGGUUUUACGCGUCCUGGAUGCUGUUUAUGUGCUUUUCUCUGACCCUGGACAUCCCUUUGUCACAAUUUUGGCUUUGGAUCCACAUAUAAUUAUUAAGGCAAUUGAGGCCAACCUGCACAGGGCUUUCCAGAACACAACUGUUCGUGGAUAUGACUACCUACGCAACAUUGUGCACCUGCCCUUCUACUUGCAAAAUAGUGGGCUCCGAAAAGUCAGGGCAGCACAACAGACAGCUGUAGGGCUGAAAAGAAGUGGCAGCCACUGGUGCGAGAAAGAGGAAGUGGAGAAAGCUGCUCAGGGCAUUGUUGGCACAGGCCCUGACCGACCAGGGAACCGUCGUGUGUCAAACUCGAGCAUGUCAAUCCCGGAGUCAUUCCGAAAGCCCUCACAGCAGCGUAAAGGCAAUCAGAAGCUGAAGGCAAGUGAAAGUGUGGCUUCAAGCAUGAGUAACCUUCAUCGAGGAGUAACGGGAGCCCAAGAUUUGACUAAAGUGCUUUUGACCGAUGAUUACUUUAGCGACAUCAAUCCUCGUUCCAUGCGCCGGCUCAUGAACAUUGUUUAUGUAACAGGUCGUUUGUUGAAGGCAUUUAACAUAGAUUUCAACUGGUACCAUUUGGCUUCAUGGGUGAACAUUACAGAGCAGUGGCCUUACCACACUUCAUGGAUCAUUUUGUAUUAUGAGUUGCAUGAAAACGAAAUUGAUGAUUCUACAUCACUGAGGUCAAUCUUUGAAAAGAUCAAAGGAAAGGUGCCCACAGGAAAAGAUCUGCAGCCACUUUAUGAUGUAGACCAUGAUGUCAGGAAGUUUGAAAUCUUUCUGAGCUUCCACUCAGCAUCGUUGUUGAUUAGUGACCUCAAGAUCUUUGUGCCCUUCACUAUCAACCUUGACCCAUAUAUUCGAAGAGUGAUUCAAGAGCGGUAUCAAUCCCAGCCUGAAAGUGAUCGACUUGUUCAGAAGUGUGGAUCUGGGCCAUUUGUGCCGCCAGCCCCGCCACUGGGUCCAGUAGGCGUGAUGGGCCCAGCCGGGACGCCAUGGACUCCAUUGAAAGCUGAGCUGUUGUACCCGCAAGCUCCGUCGACACCUGUGAUGUCUACGGAACCUUACCAGCAGCAACCAUAUCAUGUAUGGUGGUCAGUUGGCUCUCCUGGAACUUCUAGCACAAUGCCUGUGGCACCAGUAGCACCUUUAGUCCGCGUUUGGAAUGAACCUUUUACAGGCAAGCUAAGCUCCUUAACUGUAGAGGGCGUGUCAAACUUUCUUGAGGGCCUUGAGGGUAUUGACAAGUCACGGGUGCCCGACUAUCAAAGCACACUGACGCGACACAACAUUCAUGGCCAAGUUCUGUUGACGUGUAAUAUCUCUGAACUGCGGGAUGUGCUUGGUAUGACUUUUGGCGACUGGGAAAUCUUCAAGAUGGCUAUCUUGUCAUUACGUGAGCAAGAGUUUCAACGUGCGCAGCCUAGUGCUUCAGCAGAAGACUUGCCUCCCAUGCCUUUUGCACGAGACCGUACACACUCAGUAUCUUCAGCAGCUCCAGGUGACCAUACAGAUUCCAAAGCAAAAGAUAAAACAAGUGAUGGUUCAGAUAAGUCUGAAAAGAUGUCCUCUUCACACUCUCAGUCAACUUCAAGACGACCAAACUCAUCACUCGAAAAACAGGUGACAAUGGAGGAGAGCUUGAUUGUUGGUGCCUUGGAGACCCUUAGUGAAGAAGCCAUGGAGGAUACGCUUGAUGAAAGUGUAGCCCCACAUGCGGGAUUUCACCAUUCGCAGGUGUUGAGCCCAAUCUUGUCUGAUCCCGGCGAGGGAGAGGAAACAAGCGGGACAACAGUGCGUACAACGGGGGAUAAUGAGGUUGACGUUGUUUACCUCAAAAUGCCUCAUGGGUCCCCAAAGUACAACUACUCACCACUGUCAGCCUCUGUUCCGGACUAUGAAUGGGGUGUGCAAGGACCAAGCCCCACAGUGUACUGCAGCACUGAUCUGCCACUUGAGAGCUAUGGCGUGUCUGCACCACCUUCAAUUGCUUCCAGUCCUAAUGCUCCACCACCAGGGUCAUUCGACACUGCCUCCUUCAUGGGAAAAUUGGAUGCAGCCAGCCAGAAGCCUCGCAACAAGCAUCUUGACUCAGUUGUGGCACAGGAAGGCAUGUCUCGCCGGGGCAGCCUAUCACGAGAUGCAGCUGAGAGCAGCUUGAUUGACCACUGGAAAGGUUUGGGUGGUUCUGAUUUGCACCAGGAGCGUCACCGGCUGGAGACCUUAUCACUCCCCAAUGAUGCGGCAGAUGAUGAGAAUGCCCCGCUGAUUGAGGUUGCAAGGCCUAUGUUUCUCGCAACAAUGACAUCCCGGGAUGUGGAAAGCUCAUCGCGCAGAGAAAGGGAGUUCAUUCAGCCUUUUAAGCUUUCCCGUGGAGCUAGAAGGUUCAACAUUGAACGCCAGUUCUCUGUGGACGAGCGGUCUGACAUUGACCCAGAGGAGCACAGGUUAGAUGGGGCGAAAUCCACGUCAACGGCAUCGCUCACAAUGCUCAGGAAUAAUGCGGAUGGGGCGACAGAGACAUCAAGCCCAGCCACAGCACUUACUCCUCUGUCAUCUUCAUCAGGGAGGUCCCCUGAGGGAGAUCCAAAAGUGCGCCGCAGUUCUGUCCCUUCAGCGCAGCCUGACGAGCAAAGGAGCCCAGAAGAGGGCGUGGUGCCCUCACAAAGCACACCUUUCAAGCUUCCAGAGCUGUCAAGCCGCACCUUUUUGCGGCAGUUGACUGAUCAAGAACAGAAAGGUCAAGCUGGCCAGACAUCAUGCGAGGGAACGUCAUCUGACACUGUUGUCAUUGCUGGUAAGGCGACUGAUGCCAAGCAUCUCUUCUCAAGCUCUGAGACUGUUAUUUAGACUGACAAAUCCUGGUGAAGUAUUGUUUUGUUUGGUGCAUUUCUUUGACUAGCUGUUUUGCUUUCAGAGCUAAUGUGAGUGAAAGCUCUCCAUAUGCAUAUAGUUUAUAGGGAACAAACAUUAUCAGGCCUUCAAUAAGUUUUUGUGUAAAAGGCCACACAUUGUAUUUUUCUAGUCUAGCAUUUCGAUAUCAUAAUGUGGCAAAGCAGACAUUAUGAAAUUGUGGUCAUCCUACAUUAUAGUGGGCAUUUUGUUGGUAACUAUGAGCUGCCUUUUUGGUUCUGCUCUAUAUAUUAUCCAUGGAAUCUAUAUUGCAUUUGUAGCCAAGAACACUGAGAAUAGAAAAUUAAUGACGUGCUGUGCACCAGUAGCCACCAUUCAAACCUAAGCUGAUACAUGACAUUGCUAUUUUCCAAGAUUAAUCCAAAGUCCCCCACUAUGACAUGCCUCAUAAUCACAUUGUGGUUUUGGUAUGUAAAACCCCAUAAAUUAUUUUUUUUUUCAAUCAAUGUUUUGUUCACACAAGGGACUGCUUAGUUUAUUGUUUAUUUUUAUGAGAAAUUACAUAUUUUCCCGGUAAUUUCUGCUCAGUAUGUAUUGUGGCUACUGGUUGCAUUUUUAUAUAGCUUGAUAACCACUGUGCUUAUAGAAAGCACACUGGUGUUUUCAGGGCAGCACUAUCAUCAGACAUAUAAACAAUUGUAUGCUGUUUGCUUCUUUCUAUUUUUUCAAGAAUUACUUGUGGCAAAUAGCACUAUUCAGCUUCUUUAGGUGGAUUACUUGUAGAAGGCAACAGUUAUUUGUACUACAGAUCAAAAUGUGCGAGCUACUUCCACUAAUCAACUUUUAGCUUGUUCUUUUUCAGACCUAUGUUGCAACCAUUAGUUUGUAUUGGGCCAGUUAUGAAAUCAUGAACACACACUCUUAAACUAUCUCCAAUUCUAAAAUGCCAGUCUACAAAAUACACUAUGAGGAGCAUUUUCUUACUGUUAAUAAUUUCCCCUAAACCCCCCUUGUAGUCUACAGGAGUAAACAAAUUGGAAUGCCAUUGCAUUCAUCAGCACAUUCCAGGGAUGGAUAUCUUAAAACCGUGGCUUGUACCAGGAUUUCUGAUGAGUAGGUGCAUCACUGUUACCUGUCUUCAUUUGCAACUGGUGCCCUCAAAUGCAGCAUUAAUGAAUUAAGUAGCAAUACUUUGGUAUGUGUUCGUCUGAGCACUGCAACUUGUCAUUCAUGUAGUGGUCACUUCUUCCACUAAUGGCUUUUAGAGAUGGAGAUGAUACCGGUGUUUCAUUAACCAUGAAACUAAAAUGUGGAGUCAAACGUCCAUAUUUAAUGAACAUGGACGUAAUCAUGGAGUUCAGUGAGUGAUCUGCUACAAUGAAACCAGAAAAGCAAGCACAAAGAUGCUUUUGGUUAGACAAAGGAAAUAUUUGUUAACUCUUAGCUCAGAGUAAGUAUUUUAGUGGUAAAGAUGUCAAAUGUGUACUAGCAAGAGAAGCUCCAAACAUCACAUUUUGAAUGUGCAUGUGCAUUUUGGCUAAUGGCUUUGCUCAGGUGACCUACAGCUACAAACUCAAUGUGCUCCUCCAGUAAAGUAAUGCAAGAUAACACAUUACAACAUUAAAAGCGACACAAAACGCAUUUGUAAUUUACUGCUGGUCACACGCCAUGGAUUGUGCGACGAGCCGCUUGCAAGAGAAUGAAAUUGCCAGGAGACCCUUUGCUGGCCUGCCAUUGGAGGCAUCGUGAUUCAUUAAUGAAUCACUUGAAUUUCUCUUGCAUAAACUUGUUCAUGAUUUUUUUCUGCCAGUAUUGGCUUGUACACAUAUAGUGCAGAGUAGGUACAAUAAGGGUAUUCUUCUGGAAGAUGCAACUGUUAUAAUGGGGUUUGACUGUGCAUCAAUAUGUAGCAACUGCACAGAAAAAUAGGGAUAGCGUACCAACAUUAAAGAGCGCAGCCUUCUUUUUCUGUGUGGUGUAUUGAUCUUAAAUACCGAUUUCAUUCUAAUACAAAUUUAAAAAAACGAAUUCAGCCCAAUUUUAGUGUCUUGAAUUCACUCAUAUUACUGAAUUAUAUUUCUGCACAGUGUAUAGUCAUUGCAAAUAAUGUAUGACAGUUUACAGAGAGCUGUAGCAUGUGUUCCCAACAAACCUGUUGUGUGCCUUUGAAGGUGUUAAAUUAAAUGGAAGAGCCUUCAAAGCAUUAAUUAUAAUCAAAAUAAGAGGGGUAUGAAUAUUUGCCUUCAAACUCUUCAUCUCCACUCGUAUCCCCAGCUGAGCUCAGAAUUAUGUACGUCAGCUAUCUUACUACACUGCAUAUGUGUUUGUCAUUCUUGUCAGUUGCUAUUGUCUCUAUUUCUAAUUUGCACUUGUCUAAACUCACUCCUACUGCUUCUUGCACUUGACUUUCACUCCCUGAUGCCUAAUUAGCUCACUCAUGACCAUAGAUCAGCAAACCCCCUCACGACUAGGCUCACUCAGACUCGGACAGACCUGUGUGUAUGAGUCUGCAUGAGCAUUGCUGAGUUGAAUUUUGGUGAGUUUGAGUGAGGCUAGUUGAGGAGAAUUUUAAUGAGUUUGCAGCCGGUUGAGUGUAGCUUACUAGAAUUUUCAGUCUGAGUGGGCCCACUUGAUUAGAAUAUUGGUGGUGUUGACUUCAAAUGACCAUAGCUGAGUGGAAUUUUGGAGAGUUUGAAUCCCAAUUGAGCACUGCCGUGUAUAAUUUUUUUUAGUGCAAGUCCGAGUGCAUGUGCAUUGAGUAGAAUUUUAGCGAGUUGAGUCCGAGUGAGACCUAAGCAAAAAUUAUGAUUCGAGAGUGAGUCCGAGUGAGUUCUGUUUAUUUUGCUGACCUAUGCUCAUGACAACAUUUUGAGGCUUUUUAUUGGCAGGCAUAAUUUUCUGUAAUUUUACAGGGAUGUAACACCAACGUACAUGCAGUCGCCGUCUCCCUGACAUUCUCACUUUGUCCCUUUCCUUGCAUUCUUUCUGUAGUCUGUAUCUUUUCCUUCUUGUUUGAUUUCCUAGUUCUGCUUGUGGCAAAUGUCAGAAAGCGCUUUUAGAUAUGAUGAAGAGUUGCUGCUAGUGAAGGUCAGAACUAUUUACCUGGUCACAGUCUAACAUCUAGGCAGCAUGUACAGUUGGUAAAUUAAUGCUUAGCUAAGAAGCUACCUGCUGUAUCUAUGAAGCACAUUUUUGUUAGAUGCUGUAGGAGAUGUAGCCAUCCUUUAGGGUACUUAGGACUCCUUCAGAUGUGAUCAACAGCUGGUAGGUUGUAAGUUCUUAAUGUGAUAGUUAUGAAGACCAAAGCAAUAAGAUGGUGGGACAGCCCUUUAGUAACAAGGAGAAGUUUUUAGCUUUUAAACUUUAAAAGCUUCAAUUCUAUUAGAGCUUAGUGUUACAUUUACACUCAUGACUGCAUUGCUACACCAGUCACCUUUGCAUAUAUACAAAUUUCAUUUCUGCCAUGCAGGCAGCUUAAUAUUAUGGUUUUAAAAUUUUCUGUGCAUUUUUACCAGAAAUAUUUUGUAAUGAAAAUGAAAAUUAUUUUAUGCUGUGCUCGUAACAUUGAUCGUCUGCUUAUCCCACUGUUGUAUUUGUAAAAUUUUUGUUGAACAUUUAGAAUCAUAGGCUGAUCAGUUAGAAUUUGAUGUGGUCAUCUAAGGUCACUUAAAGAUAAAUAUUGUUUACUACUUACCAUGCUUGCACUCGGUGACAUUUUUUGUAAGCUAGUCUAUGCAGAGUAUAAGUGCUAUUGACAUUCUUUGUGGCACGUUAUGUGACAGCCUCUUUGUGUUGCCGGUGAGAAGCUAAUGCAAAGUCAUGCAAAAGCCAAAAAUUGGUACUGUACUUGACAUUCAAGUGGUGUUGCUAUUUUGCUGCAUUGACAUCUUUUGCAUUUAUUUAUCUUUGGUUUUGUUUUCCUAGGCUUAGCCAUAAAAGAGAUUUAGGGCUGUGCUGCCACAGCUCUACACAUUAGCAUGGUUCAAGUAUUUGCAUCUGCUUUUUAUAAUGUUCUUGGCUUUAUUUUAGUAUGUUAAAGGGCACAAGGAAUUAUGGUACAGCCAUGCUGGAUAUUUCAGCUGAAUAAAUUGUUUUGUUACAUUUUC